UAAACUAACUCAGAUAUUUUACUCAGCAUCAUGGCCGACGUGGAUCCUUCCGACGCCGCAUCAGUCUCAACUUUCGCCGUGACAGCUGCUGUAGGGGCGAUUAUCAUCCUUAUUGCACUAAUGUGUAGUGUAGUUAGAGGAAAUAAGGACAAAUCAGAGAAUGGUGAAAAAGAAUCAGCAGAAGAACCGUCAACAAAAAAGAAUGAAAAAGCAGAGAAAGCUGGUAAAAAAGGGAAAUCACAGAAGCCUGUCAAGAGGUCACACAGUGUUCACUUCACCCAUCCAUGGCUGGCCUGUAACUUGAAAGGACACAGCGGACAUGUUUUAUCCUUAGACUUCAGUCCCAAUGGCAAAUACCUCAUCACAGCAAGUGAUGACAGAACAGUCCUAGUUUGGAGUACCAAAGAAUUUUCUCAAAAGGAGCACAAGUCAGUCAGAGGAAAUGUAGAGUAUGACCAUGCAUCCAGAGUGAAAUUUAGUCCAGAUUCCAAGGCAUUUGUAUGCAGUUUAGCAAAUGAAAAUACAGUAAGGAUAUUCCGCAUUGGUAAAAAAGACACAGGAGGUAUUGGAAAUAUCACAGCUGCUUUUGAUUUCGACAAGAAACAUUCAGCAGACAUUAUCUACAUUGGCAUUGCUAGCAAUGGGAAGUUCAUCAUGACAUGCAGCAGUGAUACAACACUUAUGAUUUGGUCCAUAAAAGGAGAUGUUUUGGAGACCAUAGACACAAGACAGAUGAAUAACUCAUUCGGAGCUGUAUCUCCCUGUGGAAGAUUUGUAGCAUCAUCAGGGUUUACACCGGAUGUGAAGGUGUGGGAGGUGGGAUUUGACCGGGCAGGAAACUUCACAGGAUGUAAGAGGGCCUUCGAGUUAAAAGGUCAUUCAGCUGGGGUGUACAGUUUCAGUUUCAACAGUGAUUCUAGUCGAAUGGCAUCUGUUUCAAAAGACAAAACUUGGAAGUUUUGGAACACAGACAUAAGAUAUGAAAUGAAUCAGGAUCCAUAUCUGUUAAAAACUGGAAGCAUAGACUACACCUCCCCCUGUUUGAUCGCGCUGUCCCCUGAUGGCAGGAGUGUGGCCAUUGCCAGUGAUAAUUCUCUAAGUGUCCAUAAUGCAGUGACAGGAAAGGAGGAGGAAACAUUCUCCAAUGUGUUCUCAGGGGAGGUAACUGACUUGUCCUUCGACUUGACCAACAAGUACCUUGUGUGUAGCGGUGAUAAACAUGUUUCUGUAUUCAAUAACAUCACAGGAUAUAGAGCUUCUAUUGAUGACCUUCAGGAAAAGCUCAAAUCUGGCAAUACUCAAUCUCAAAAAGAGAGGAUUCGACAGCAAAUCACUGAAGCCCAGGAGGCACUGGAACAAUUAUUGGGACAGUCUAAUGGACAUGCAGGAGGCAAGAAAGACUAGAGAAUUCUUUGUUUAAUAUGUGUACCAUGUGUAAACAUUACCAUGUGUAAACAUUCCGCUAUGGAUCAUGACAAGACUUUAUUGGCAGCAAAUUCUAAAGUGCCACACAGUUAAAUUAUAUUUAUCAGUUCAUUUGAUAUUUUAAAUAAAGAUCAAUGUGAUUA